AUGGCGACGACGCUGGAGGAGUUUUGCGAUCCGGCCGCUGCGCCAGGGCAGCGCUACACAUUCCGCUUCCUUACCUUCAACUUGGCCAACAGCCAGCAGCUUGAGUCUUCGCAUGCACUGCAAGGCCUCGGCGGCCAGAGCCUGCAGCAAAGCCUAUCCUCGUCACUCGAUGGCUCAGAUGCAGAUGUUGUGUUUGUCUCCUUUCCGGAGAGUUGCAUGGAUGUCGCCAGCCUCGGCGAGCAGCUAGCCACCUGCUUCCCGUGCCGGCAACUACGUGCACAAAGCGCCGCGCAGGAAUCGAUUCAAACCAAGGGCACCAAGGUGCGUGCUUUGAUCGAAGAAGUAGCUGCCAGACAUAGUGGUGAUAUGCAGACGGUGCUCAUCUACGAUGACAGCAGGUUUCCAAACGAUGCCCGGGCGAUUUUCGGACUCUUGACGGAUGUAACCGUGGCUGGUGUGCGGGUGCCGAAUCCCAAGAAGUCCUUCCUUGGCCAAAGCAUUGCAGAGCCAGGAGGUCUUCGUUUAGGCUUCAUGGGCGCGCAUUUCCCGAUCACCCAGUUGGCUGCACUCCUGGAUGCAGAUGAUCCUCGCAUGAAAUCUUCGAAGGCACAGAGCUCCACCCUGGAGGCGGCGAAGCGGCUAUUUGCCAGUGGCCUGCGAAGUGUCCUCCGCACAGCAGCCGCGUCAAUGAGCAUAGACGGUAACACUAUCCUUUUCCUUCAAGGAGAUCUCAACAGCCGCACCCUUCUGGAGGGUACUCGAUGCAAGGACCUGUUGCUCGAGGUGCUGAAGGACCUACCCUUGCAACGAGCCAUCCAGCGCGGACUUGAGCUGCCAAGCGGUCGAUGGUACGAGAUCGGAGCGCCGUCUUCGGAGUCUUUGGGGGCUGCCGCCCUGCCAGUAACCUACAAGUUUCAUCCGAAGCCCGCUGAGCCGAUGCCAGCCGACGGAGCACUGAGGCUGGGCGACAUCCUGGAAGAGGCAGGCAAAGCAAGGCUCUUCCCCAGCGCGCCGUCGGGAGGGCAAGGUGUGCACGUGCCAGAGAAGUACCGCGAAACCCUCCUGGACGCAGAGGAAGCGUGCAACCGUUGGGGCCUGGCAUUCAAGAAGUCGGCUUUCCGACCUUUCCGAUUCCCGGCCAGCGCAGAUCGCAUGAUCUACUGGGCUUCCGAGUCCCUUGCACAGCGCUUGUCCUGGGAACUCCACCACGGCGGCUACCAGGUGAACUUUCAGCAGCUGGGGAGUGAUCAUAAGCCUGUUUGGCUUGAGGUAUCCCUGCGCGUCGCACCACCACUGGGCCGGGCCGCCAGCCCCGAGAAGAGUCGCGAUGCCGAAGUGGAAGAUCUGGAUGAGUUCGAUCCCCUCCCGGCAGAAGCUGCGAGUGCGUCCCAGCCUGGAACGAUCGGCUCCGUCGCAUCUUGGUGGGCGAGGUGUCGGCCGAAUCUGCGACCCGGCCGUGAUUGGAACUGGACUCCGGACCGGGAUGCCGCAGAUUGCGAGAUCUGUGACAUCCCUUUCUCCCUCCUGCGGCGACGUCAUCAUUGCCGACACUGCGGGCGCUGCGUUUGUGAUGCCUGCAGUCCCGCCGAGGGCUGGCGCAUCAUCCCAGAGAUCGACCCCGCGCGCCCAAGCCGCCUUUGUUUCGAUUGUGCUCCUGCGCCAGAGCGGACUGCUGAGACAGAUCGGCUCUGA